AUGAAUCCAGAAGAAAACCAAAAAGCUCUCGAGCAAUACACUCAGGAAAUUUCGACAGAAGCUCUCAAAGAUGCCAAACACUUCCUGGAAAACAGUCUACCAGCUGGACAAGGUGUACAAAAAGAUAUUUUGUUAGCGGAAGUAUUAUCUGAAGAACAGCAAAUCGAGAAAAACCGCAAAACAAUUGAAAGUUCGAUAAAAGAACAUGACGAUCUAAGUACUAAUCUUCCCGAGGAGGAGCUCAAGACAUUGGAACAAUUGCAAUUUGAACGCGAUGAGCUUCAAAAGAAACGUCAAGAAGAAAACACAGUUAUUGCAGAGAGUUACAAAUCAAUUGAAGAUAUUAUUCGCAUGAAGAGGGAAACCGAUGAGAUGCGUGAAAGGUACAUGAAAAAGAAGGUGGAAUUGGACGAAAUUAUCAAGAAAAAGAAGGUUAUCUGA